GACGUUAAUCUAUUGCCCAAAUGUGGAUAUAGUGAUAUACUGAUAUCAGAUGGAAACUUUAUAGUCCAUCCGAUUUCGAUGAAAGGAAGAUUUUUUUUUUUCCCCGGGAAAAUUCAACACAAGACGAGAAGUUCAAACCGUCGAGCGCAAAGAUCCAACGCAAUAGCUAGAAGAUUCUAUCAAUUAUAGGAAUAGAGAAACAAAAAAAAGUAGGAGCAUUUGAUCAUAAUCUUUAUGAAAUGCAUAUCCUACCAAAACGUUCGUUUCCUUCUCCGACAGUGCGCGCACCGCUCGUUUCUCGGUCCCGGCAAGGAACUACACGCCGUUUUGACCACUUCAGGAUUGACGAAAGUCCCGAGGUCGUACCUUAGCAACAAGCUCUUUCAGUUUUACGCAGCAUCUGGUGAUAUGACUACUGCCCGUAAACUGUUCGACGAAAUUCCUCUAUUAGAGAAAGACAAUGUGGAUUGGACCACUUUGUUAUCAUCUUUUUCCCGGUACGGAUUCUUAGUUGAUUCGAUGAAGCUCUUCGUGGAUAUGACAAGGAAAAGAGUAGAGAUUGAUGACGUUUCUGUAGUAUGCUUGUUUGGCGUGUGUUCUAAGUUAGAAGAUCUGGGGUUCGGUGUUCAAGGACAUGGGUUUGCUUUAAAGAUGGGACUUUUGACUAGUGUAAAGGUUUGUAAUGCCUUAAUGGACAUGUAUGGGAAAUGUGGUUUCGUGGGCGAAGUCAAACGCAUAUUCGAUGUGUUAGAGGAGAAGAGCGUUGUUUCAUGGACGGUGGUUAUGGACACGGUUGUGAAAUGGGAGGGGUUGGAGAGAGGAAGAGAGGUGUUCGACAAAAUGCCUGAGAGAAAUGCUGUUGCUUGGACGGUUAUGGUUGCUGGGUAUUUGGGAGCUGGGUUUACAGGUGAAGCAUUGGAGCUUCUGGCGGAAAUGGUGUUUAAGUGUGGGCAUGAUUUGAAUUUCGUUUCCCUUUGCUCGAUGCUAUCGGCUUGUGCACAAUCCGGAAACCUGGUGAUUGGAAGAUGGGUUCAUGUGUAUGCGUUGAAGAAGGCAAUGAUAAUGGAAGAGGAAGAGAGUUAUGAUCCUGUCAUGGUGGGAACCGCAUUGGUUGAUAUGUAUGCCAAAUGCGGAAACAUUGAUUCUUCCAUUAAAGUCUUCAGGUUGAUGCGUAAGAGGAAUGUGGUCACGUGGAACGCAAUGUUUAGCGGGUUAGCAAUGCACGGGAAAGGUAGAAUGGUGAUUGACAUGUUCCCAGAGAUGGUAAGGGAGGUGAAGCCAGAUGAGUUAACUUUCACUGCUGUCUUAAGUGCUUGCAGCCACUCGGGGAUGGUAGGAGAAGGGUGGCGAUUUUUCCACAGCCUCCGGUUCUAUGGUUUGGAACCCAAGGUUGACCAUUAUGCAUGCAUGGUUGAUCUUUUGGGGCGAACUGGUCGUAUUGAAGAAGCAGAGACUUUGGUGAGGAAAAUGCCAGUGCCUCCGAAUGAAGUUGUCCUUGGUUCGCUUCUAGGCUCGUGUAGUGUCCAUGGAAAGCUGGAGAUAGCUGAACGGGUUAAAAGAGAGCUCGUUCAGAUGAGUCCAGACAACAUGGGAUACCAAAUACUUGUAUCCAACAUGUAUGCAGCAGAAGGAAGGAGUGACGUUGUAGAUGGGUUAAGAGGAAGUAUGAGAAACCAAGGAUUGAAGAAAAUACCUGGUAUGAGUUCCAUUCACUUGAACGGCUCAAUUUAUCGGUUUAGUUCAGGAGAUAGAUCACACCCGAGAACGAAAGAGAUCUACUUGAAGUUGAAUGAAGUGAUUGAACGCAUUAGAUCAGCUGGUUAUGUCCCUGGUGUCUCUGGCCUGAUAUCUCCAUCGGAGGGUGACUUGGAGGAUAACGAGCAAGCUUUGUCCUGUCACAGUGAGAAAUUGGCCGUCUGUUUCGGGCUUCUGGAAACAAACCCGAGGACACCUCUUUAUGUCUUCAAGAAUCUGAGGAUAUGUCGGGAUUGUCAUUCGGCUAUGAAGAUUGUUUCAAAGAUCUAUGACCGAGAAAUCAUCAUCAGAGAUAGAAAUAGGUUUCAUCAGUUCAAGGGAGGCUCUUGUUCUUGUUCCGAUUACUGGUGAACAGAUCAAAU